GUGUCGUGGUGCUGGGUGUGUCUGGGGUCCGCAGCGGCUCGCGCCUGUCAGGACGGAUAGAGGAGAGUGAGAGACACCGGGAGGAGAACCGGGGAGAGCGGGAGACAGUAGCAGGCGUUUUCCAUCAUAAAAUCCAAGAAGAUAAAAAUAGUGAAUAUUCCAGCUGAUCUUGUCCUGCGUCCCUAAUACAAAACAAAACAAAACCAUGUCUGGCACUUAUGAUGAUUCUGUUGGAGUUGAAGUAUCCAGUGACAGCUUCUGGGAGAUUGGUAAUUACAAGCGCGCAGUAAGGCGGAUAGAUGAUGGCCACAGGCUUUGCAAUGAUCUGAUGAAUUGUCUGCACGAGCGGGCGAGAAUUGAGAAGGUUUACGCCCAGCAGCUAACAGAAUGGUCAAAACGGUGGAAGCAACUUGUGGAAAAAGGGCCCCAGUACGGUACGGUGGAGAAGGCAUGGCACGCCCUCAUGACAGAAGCAGAGAAAGUUAGCGAACUCCAUCUAGAGGUGAAAAAUGCUUUGAUGAAUGAGGACUUUGAAAAAAUCAAGAAUUGGCAGAAAGAGACGUAUCACAAGCAGAUGAUGGGGGGCUUCAAGGAGACCAAAGAGGCAGAAGAUGGCUUCAGGAAAGCUCAGAAACCUUGGGCUAAAAAGCUUAAAGAGGUGGAAGCUUCUAAAAAGGUUUAUCAUGCUGCGUGUAAGGAGGAGAAACUCGCUACCUCCCGGGAAUCCAACAGCAAAGCUGAUCCGGCGCUCAACCCUGAGCAGCUGAAGAAGCUACAGGACAAGGUGGAAAGGAGCAAACAGGACGUUCAGAAGAGCAAAGAGAAGUAUGAGAAAUCACUGAAAGACUUGGAUAGUGCUACUCCUCAGUACAUGGAGAACAUGGAGCAAGUAUUUGAUCAGUGUCAGCAGUUUGAAGACAAACGCCUUCGUUUCUUCCGUGACGUACUCUUAGAAGUUGAAAAACACCUUGAUUUGUCAAACGUCGAAAGCUAUGCCAGUGUAUACAGGGACUUGGAAUACUCCAUUAAAGCAGCAGACGUGCUUGAGGAUUUGAAGUGGUUUAAUAGCAACCAUGGUCCAGGGAUGUCCAUGAACUGGCCACAGUUUGAGGACUGGUCAGCUGAUCUAAACCGCACACUUAGCAGAAGAGAAAGGAAAAAGCCUGGAGAGGGAGUAACGCUCACUGGUAUCAGCCAGGCAGGCGAUCAGUCGUCACAAAACAAACACAGCAGUCUUAUUGUCCCGCCAGUGCAACCAAGUCCCAAUCCCUUUGAGGAAGAGGAGGAGUCCGGAACUAUCAUUGUGAAGGAGGACAGUAAACCCAAAAAUGUUAGCAGUUAUGAAAAAAGUUAUCCUACUGAAUGGUCCGAUGAUGAGUCAAAUAAUCCGUUUGUUUCAAAUGAUACAAAUGGAGACACCAACCCAUUUGAGGACGAGGCCCCCAGUGGACUGGAGGUGCGAGUGAGAGCGCUGUAUGACUAUGAGGGGCAGGAACACGAUGAGCUGAGUUUUAAAGCCGGGGAAGAGUUGACUAAAAUAGAAGAUGAAGAUGAACAAGGCUGGUGCAAAGGUCGCCUGGAGGGAGGGCAGAUUGGCUUGUACCCUGCAAACUACGUGGAGCCUGUUCAGUGACAUCUGCACAAGUUUGGCCAGCAGGUCUCACUCUAUUCACUGGGAUCAGAUGUAUAAUAUGUUGUGUACAUAUUACAAUGUAGGAAUUCUGGCUGGACACUAGCAAUGACUCUGUAUGUUCAGCAAAACUGAUGAUCUAAACAUUUGAUUUUAGCCUUUUAGAAUUGCAUCUUUUUGUUUUUGUUUUUUUAAGUGUUCCCUUUCAAAGCCAAUCUUAGCAACAGGUCGAUGGACGUUCUUGCUUUGAAUAGGGGUUAAUUGCAAUUUAGUGCAAAGUUCAAACAUGCAGAUCAAAGAAACCACCUCUUGUGUUUUCUUGCUGGUUUUUUUAUAAAGUUGUUUUUGUUUUAUCAGCUGUUGGGGUGGAUGGUGCCUGGCAUAGAUCCUCUGUUCGCCUAUCCACCCAAUUUAAGUGACCUUUAAGGUGGAAUAUAUUUUUGUAAAGUGUUUGUCGAGACACAGUCUGUUUAUUUUUAUGCAAAUCUUGUCUUAUUUAAAGGUAUAGUAGAGAUGAUUAUUUUUGCCUUUUUUUUUUGCGUUUACUACUUAAAUAAAUUAUGAUCUUGAUUUAUCCUAUUGUUACCAUUAUAUUCUGUAUCCAAUUGCUGCCUGUCUGGUUCUAAAAUGAUAGCUUUGUAUUUAAUAAAAAUGUCUGUUACAAAAAUUGUGGCAGGACUGAAAGCAAAUGGCUUAUGGUAGAAUAAUAAAAUACUGUGUGUGAUUUGUAUUAAAGCACCAGUCUCACCUGACUAACAAUCUAGUAUCAUUCCACUUCUAUAUUUGUAUUUAUGGCGCAGAUACAAAAAGGUUCCAUUGUUAUGUCCCAAGUUUUCCAAGACUGAAUUAGCUGAGAUUGGGAACAAACCUCUAGUAAUUGGGGGGCUAAGUAAUUAUGCUCAGGACUGACCUUUUUUUUGCCACCAUUUUUUCCUUAAUAUUUGAUACCUUUCCUUGGAAAAUUAAUAAACGCAGAUUUCCAGACCUUAAUACUUUUAAGGGACAUUAGUUCUUUUUUUUUUUUUUUUUCUAAGAGUAUAUUUUUUUAUUUUUUAAAAAAGCUGUUCCUUUUUCAUAAAAAAAAGUAAAAAAAAUAAAUGAAACUAUCAUGCUUUUGGAGAAUGUCCCUAUGCACCAAUAGAACAGUGAUAGUUUCCCAUAUCACCCACCAAGCUUCUCUCCCAUGGGCCACUUGUACUCAAAAUAUACUUUAGAGGUUUAGCUUAACCUUUAAAGAUUUUUAUAUGUCCUUUCCCAGGUCUUGACAAAUCUAGAAGCCAGGGGACCAUCCACAGUUUCCAAAAUGUUGCUUCUGGCUCCUAUAUUAGCAGCCAGGGGACCUGACCCUACAUUGCAAAAUGUUGUUUCUGGGUCCCAUACUAGGGGCCAUGGGAUUAGCCACAGCUUCCAAAAGUUUUUUUCUGGCUCAAUAUUUUGUCCAUCUGUUAAGUUACAUAUGUAUGCUAUUUGAUAAUAAGUUUGAUGUCCCAGUGAUUCAUGGGUCUUAAUUCAAAAUAUUCCACAUUUGACUGUGUCACCCCCCCCUCCCCCUAUUGAGACUGGUGUGGUAAUGACAAACCUCAAAAAAGCUCUUUAGUGUUACUUGUUAUGUGAAAGGCUACAGAUGUGUUAAGGCUUUCUUAAAGAAAUUUCUACUGUUAAAUACCCCAAACAAUUUAUUUGGGGCUAUUGCUGUGCUGAAUUCCUGUAUGGAAAAUAUAUUUAUAAAUAAAGAUAUCUAUCAAAUCUGGGAUUGCAUAUGAGGAAAUCUUUGUGCAUGUUUUCACAUAGAUUUCCUGAACUUACCUGGAGACUGUUAAUGAUGAUAAAAUUCCUUCUAGUUUUCUUGUAACCUUCUCAAGUAUUCUGUAAUAAACAAAAGUAUUGUGAUGUAAUUUGGAAAUGGUCAGUUGUGCUAAACCCUUACUCAUGUAUAGGUAGUUGUAAACAACACUGUAAUGUCUUCCAUAUUGUUUAGUUUAUAGAGUAUAGAAAUGAGGGUAUCUACAGUCUGUUGUAUCCUUCAAAUGAUGCAGAAACCUUGUUACCUGGUAUGGUGGAUACCACAACCUCCGUCCUGUUAAUGCUGCGGCAAAGUUUAUUAGCCCAGCUUAGAACGUCUUAGCUGCAUGAUACCCUUACAACGCCUUGGUAGCAUAAUGUUACAGCUUUCUAUGGCAAAAAGGGUUAAUUAUCUCAUCAUGAAAAGAAAAGUAAAAAAAACACCACAGGGAUAUGUCUCAUGGAUGUAUAUUUUAUUCAGGAAGCUAAAUUGGUGAAUUUUCUAAAUGUUAAGAAAUCUUCUGCACCAACCAAUCCUGUUGCAUUUUCCCCCAAUAACAGUGCUUUUAUGCUGUAGCUAUAACAAGCAGACUGCAUGACAGUAGCCAAUCUCCUGGUUUAUAAUUAUUUAUGUAUUGUAAAUUGUAGAGCAUUUUAAACAUACUGAAUGGAAUUGUUGAAGAAAGUCUUUUCUGCAUAUUAUAGCACAAAUCGAUGUAAACAAAAUGGGGAUUGGGUUAACCAGAUAAGUUGUUUAAAAUUAUGACUUAGCUGUAACCUUAAUAAAAAAAAGCACAAAUAUAUUUUAUUGAGAAAUA